AUGGAAAUCAUGUUGGCCUCUGCGAAUCCCGCUUUCCCACCCAUCCGGUCCACUGACAUCAUGCCUCGUCUCGCAAAUACCGGUGCACACACAUUGUCCGGAGCGGUCAUCGAACCCCGGGCUCUGGAUGAGCUGCUCCCGAACUGGGCCGAGAUGGACUCGCAUCCACUCACCCAGCCAGCCACCUCCUCUACAAUGCGAUGGUUCACUUCAAAGAGGUCAUUCCCCAUGCCUCACCCACCCCAAAUGUCCAACAAGGGCAACUACAUCCUCUCCCUCUCCCAGUUCACACGCUGGUUGGGCGGUAUCGCCGAAGAGAUGGGGGUAGAAAUUUACCCGGGGUUUGCCGGAGCUAGGCUCGUAUACGGCAACGAUGCUAGCGGUGAUGGAGACGCAAAGAAGAAGAAUGUCACUGGAGUGGUUACGAACGAAGUGGGAGUAGACCGAGCGGGACGGCUCAAGGAUACAUUUGAGCCGGGCAUGCAGUUCAACGCCAAACUGACACUCCUCGCAGAAGGCGCUCACGGCUCUCUAACCAAGUCCGUUAUCCGGGACUUUGAUUUACGCAAGUCUAUCGGGGCGGACGAGCAGACGUACGGGAUCGGGGUCAAAGAGGUCUGGCGCGUCAAACCGGACAACUACCGGCCAGGAGAGGUUAUUCACACCAUGGGAUGGCCAUUCGACUGGAAAACAUAUGGAGGUGGAUUCGUGUAUCAUAUGGCGGACGGACUCGUCUCGCUCGGGUUGGUGGCUGGACUCGAUUACGCCAACCCAUACUUUUCGCCCUACCGUUCUCUCCAACAGUGGAAGCACCACCCGUAUUUUAGACAACUUCUCGAUGGUGGAGAGAGAGUUGCGUAUGGGGCCAGGGUGAUCAACGAAGGCGGUGUUCAGAGUUUACCAAAGCUGUUCUUCCCUGGCGGGGCUCUCAUAGGGUGCAGUGCGGGUUUGGUCAAUGUCCCGAAAAUCAAGGGUACCCACAACGCGAUGAAGAGUGGCAUGUUGGCUGCGGAGGCUGGGUUCGAACAGCUGAUGGCCG